GAAGAACCAGAAGACGAGGACGCAUUCGCGGUGAAAAAUUUGAUGAACAAAUUCAAAAAUAUCGAGAAGGAGCCGACAAAAAUUGCAGCACACGAAAGACCAAUCGAGUUGGAAGGAAUCAAAGUUGAGGCGAAGAAUAUCAAAGAACAAUUCGAGAAGGGGGCUAUCAAUGAAGAUGAAACCGCUGAAGAGAAGCGUAAACGAUUGGAGGAAGAAUUCGCUCGACUCAAGGGUUCAUUCAAAUUAUUCUGUUGA